CUUGCUAAAUAUAUUGACCAUACCAUUUUGAAGGCUAAUGCAAAGCAAAGUGAAGUUGAACAGUUGUGUAAAGAAGCUUUGGAUAAUCAAUUUGCUGCUGUUUGUGUUAAUGCAUCAAAUGUUGCUCUUUGUAAAACAUUAUUAGAAAAUUCUAAUAUUAAGAUUGCUUCAGUUGUUGGUUUCCCACUUGGCGCUACUACUACAGAAACUAAGGUAUUCGAAACUAGACAAGCUAUCGAUCUUGGAGCUCAUGAAAUUGACGUUGUUAUUAAUGUUGGAAAAUUAUUGGAUGGUGAUUAUCAAUACAUGUUUAAUGAAAUGAAACAAGUUGCAGAUGCUUGUAUUGAAAAGAAUGCAGUUUUGAAGGUCAUUUUAGAAUGUUGUUUGUUGGAUAAGAAUUUGAUUGCUGAUGCCUCAAUCAUUUGCAUGUUGGCUAAAUGUCACUUUGUUAAAACUAGUACUGGUUUCAGCACUUCUGGAGCUAAAUUGGAAGAUUGUAAAUUGAUGAAAGCAAUCUGUGGUAAUGUUGGUCAAGUUAAGGCUGCAGGUGGUAUUAGAGAUAAGGAAGCUGCUGUUAAAUUCAUCAAUGAAAGUAAGAUUGCUAGAAUUGGUACUAGCAGUGGUAUUAGUAUUAUCAAU